GAAGUUUGGUGUAUCUGUUCUCACAAAUUUGUAUAUCUUUUUUUAGGGAAGUCUUCCUGAGGCACUGUCCAUCCACCAGGACGUUUUGUUACAAAACUCUACUACCUAAGGGAUCGACCUUCAAGAGCUCCACAGUUUAGAUUAAAAACCUGGGACAAUAUGUAGCAGAAAAGUAUAUUCUGAUGUGCGGGUCGAAACCUAUCUUAGUAAAAUGUUCACAGUGCAUUGAGUACAAGUUUUUCUACCACAGUGCUCUUUAAAAAUGUCUGCUUGCAACACAUUUACUGAACAUAUCUGGAAACCUGGUGAAUGCAAAAACUGUUUUAAACCUAAAAGCUUGCAUCGCUUGAACCCAGAUUCUGAAAAGUCUCUCCAUCCCCAGACUAACAUAAAAACAAAUGCCAACCACAGCAACAAUCAUCGAACCAAGAGUACAGGUAGUUUCAAGCCUCCUGUGGCAAAGAAACCAACAAUUGCUGUGAAGCCCACAAUGAUGGUUGUAGAAGGACAAAGCAUAGGUGGAGACUUGAGCAUGUCCGACCACUGUGAGAAUAAACAAAUGCUGGUAGGAUGGAAUCAAAACAAGGUUGUAGUUAAUCGGAAACCAUUAAAUAACAACAUUGAAGAUGAUGUGGGAUACAGCCAUAUACAGAGGUCUUGUGGCAUUUCUGAUGGUGUCAACAGAAUGUUUAGCAAUAAUAAUAAUGGUCUUGCAGAUGUUUUAAAAGAAGUUGUUGGACUAGAUAACACAAGUCAAGUGUCUAGAAGUGAAGGAAACUCAAGGGACUCUUUUUGUGAAAGAAUACAUAGUUGCUACAAGCGUUCCUUAGAAAGGAAAAUUCCUCCUAGUUGUAUGAUUGGUGGGAUAAAGGACUCCCAAAACAAGCAUGUUGUACUGAGUGGAAGCACUGUAGUAAUUAGUAAUGAAGGUGGACGCUUUUGUUAUCCUGAGUUUUCAAGUGGAGAUGACAGUGGUGAUGAUGCUUUUUAUGGAGGUAUGCAUGAAGACCAUGAAAGCUGGGAUGAAAGUGAUGAAGAAUUAUUAGCAAUGGAAAUUCGUAUGAGAGGGCAGCCACGAUUUGCCAACUUCAGAGCAAAUACUUUGUCUCCAGUAAGGUUUUGUACAGAUAAGAAAUGGAAUACUGUACCUUUAAGAAACAAGUCACUCCAGAGAAUAUGUGCUGUUGACUAUGAUGAUAGCUAUGAUGAAAUUUUAAAUGGUUAUGGUGAAGAUACCGUGAUUCCUUAUGGACAGGAUAGUAUGCAGAGUAUGAUUUCUUCUGAUUCUACAUCGCCAGAGUCCAGCUUAACAGAUGAUUCUCGCUCUGCAAGUAUUUCAUCUCAGAAACUUUCUAAUGGAGUGCUAUCACCAAUCGUUGCAAAAGAAGUCAAGUUUGUUGACCGAGAUAGUGACAUGAUCAUUGAUGCAGGGCAACUGAUCAAGAAUAACUGUAGCCCUUCAAAGGCUGCUUCAUCUUCUUCGAAAUCGUCAGAAACUCAUACAGCUAUACUUGCACUCAGGCUGGAGGAAAAAGAUGGAAGAAUUGCUGUACAAAAUGAAAGAAAUGUUGCAGAAAGUCCCACACAACUACCAGCACACACAUUGACAUUAAAUUUUGUGCCUCUGGAAGACCAAGCAAAACCUUACAGAGUUGUAAAUCUAGAGCAGUCUAGCAUAUGUAAACCAUACACAGUUGUUGAUGUUUCAGCUGCAAUGACAGGUGAAAGUCUGGAUACUCAAGGAGAUAGUUGUAAAGCUGCUGAUAAGUCAAGUUCACCAGAUACACAGUUUUCUCCUUUUAGUACCAGCACUCCCACAACUCCAACUGGGCAUUUUAAUAUAAGCUGGAAAAAUUCAAAUUCUGUCCAAUAUCAAGAGGUCUGGACCUCCUGUACUAGUCCAAGACAAAAAAUGCCAAAGGUAGAACUGAUUACAGAGAUGUCUAAUUCUGCUGUUCCAAUUAGGAAAAUCAGUUAUAAAUCUGCACCUGCUUCACCAACUACUACAAGUCCUUCCUCUAAAACUAUCCCUGUCAAGUCACCUAAUCUCUCUGAGAUUAAAUUCAAUAGUUACAACAAUGCUGGCAUGCCACUUUUUCCAAUCAUCAUCCAUGAUGAGCCAGAAUAUGCAAAAAGUUCAAAGAAUGCUGUUAAAGUGCCAAUUGUGAUAAAUCCAAAUGCUUAUGACAAUCUAGCAAUCUAUAAAAGUUUUCUAGGAACGAGUGGGGAGGUUUCAAAUAAAGAGAAAACUACAAGUAUUAUAAGCCAUACAUAUGAGGAAAUAGGUUCUGCAGAAACAAAAGUUACUGAAGGUACAGCAGGCAAACCAGUGGAGCAAGUUCAAGGAGUUUCCAGUGAACACAGACUUGGUUCGGCAUCUCAGAAGGAUUAUGAAUUCAGUAACACUUUGAAUGAAAAUCAGACAUCACCUCAGAGAAGUCUUGAGUCUAACCAUAGUUCUCCAUCAAGAAGCCAACAUUUAAAUCAAGGUUCUCUGACAGGAAAGGAAGUACCAUUGGAUCACCUUUCUUCUGCUACAAACCGAGAGAAUCCGACUGCACUACUUUCUCAAAUUGUAGCUUCUAUCCAGCCUCCGAAGUCACCACCAGAAAGCCCACAGUCCAGCAUUAAGUGCGGCAUAACAGAGGAGUUGUAUUCAUUGCCCCCCGAUGCCAAUGGAACUCCAGAUUCUCCAGUGCAUCAGAAUUCACUUUUUACUGCACAGUCCAGUAGUGGAACUGAUCCAUUGAAACAUGGUGGUGUUGGUUCAAGUAAAGUACUGAAAGAUACUCCUACAAAACAAAUUUCCAUCCAUUCAUCAAAGCCAUCAGUAUCAUGUACCACUUCUGGGAGUCCCAGAGCUGAACAGGCCCCUCCAUUUCCACCACCACGUUCUACUUCAUCUCCAUACCAUACCAGUAACCUUCUGCAAAAGCACUUUAGUAAUCGGACAAAGUUUUCAACCCCUACCCGAACAACAGAUGCAGAAUCUGUACUCUGUUUAGAAAGUCGCCGUGCAACUGAUGCAAAACCCAAGCGAUGGAUCUCUUUUAAAAGUUUUUUCCGUCGCAAAAAAAAUGAAGAUGAAGAAGAAAAGGACAAGGAGAAGGGAAAAUUGGUAGGGUUGGAUGGCACUGUCAUACAUAUGUUACCUCCUCCACCUGUUCAGCGGCACCAGUGGUUCAGUGAGACAAAGUCAGACUCCAGUGAGAAACCUUCUAUUGUCUUCACAUACAAGCAAGGACUUGCUCAGUCAGAACUGAACUUUGACCAGAAGAAACCUGCUGUAACUGAACUAGAGAGCGAGACUUUAGAACUUGAGAAAGAUAGUAAGAUAACUGAAGACAAAGAUCAGCAGAAAUUUCCAAGAACCGGAGAUCACAUUAACAAAACUACAGCUUCAUCUCCUCUUAAAACAGAGAAAAAUGUCAGCCACCUGCCAAAUGAUGCAUCUUUGGAAGGGAAGUCACCUCUGGUCUCAGUGAUUCAGAAGUCAUCACCAGCAAAACAGGAGACUGAGAGCAACACAGCCACACCACUGUCUGCAGCUGAAGGUAUGCAAACUCAAGAAGAAGGAGAUGAAGCAGAUUGUACAGAGGCCACCUUCUGCAGUGCUACCUACAGCAACUUGGGGCAGUCCCGAGCAAAUAUGAUCCCUCCAAAACAGCCACGACAGGUCAGAGGAGCCUCAGAAGACGCCAUUGCAUUUGGUGGUAUAGCAGAACAUGAGGCAGAACAGGACCUCCAGCCAACCCCUCCUCCACUUCCAAAAAAGACAGUUAUCCGGGCUAAUACAGAGCCAUGUCAGAAAGAAUUUUCCCAAAAGCAGAGUGAUGUGAAAGCAAAGAAUAAUCUGACCGUUGGUAAUCCUCUGUAUGAUGUAGAUGUCAACUGGGAUGCGGCCAGUGCUUGCUCUUCUGCCAGUUCAGAUGCCAAGAUUUUCGACAAUGAAUCUGGAGACUCAUUGGACAGGUGCAUUGGAAGCAGAAGGAUAAACCAUUCAGUAGCAAAUAGUUUUUCCAGUUUGACCACUGUCAGUGUUAAAGAGAAGUCUUCUAAAAGCAUGGAAUCAUUGUCUGGCAAACUGAUUCACCAUAGCAGACAAGGCAUCCAAAAACCUCAGCGACAUGCAUUUUAUAAGGAUAUUGAAAAUCGUGAAGAAGUAAUGGGAAAAAUCCAAAAUCUCCAUUCAGACUCUUUAAAAAAACUAGCCAGUAAAUGCGAGGACUAUUUUAUGGCUGGACAGAAAGACCAGCUGCGCCUUGGAGUGGAUAGCUGGUCAGAUUUUAGGCUGACUAGUGAUAAACCUUGUUGUGAAGCUGGUGAUGCCGUUUACUAUACUGCGUCCUAUGCAAAGGAUCCACUUAACAACUAUGCAGUCAAGAUCUGCAAGAGUAAAGCCAAGGCAUGCCAGCAACAGUAUUACCACAGCCUAGCUGUCAGACAGAGCCUACCAGUCCACUUUAAUAUCCAACAUGACUGUGGACAUUUCUUAGCUGAUGUUCCUGUGAGACUUCUACCUUGGGAGGAUCCCUUUGCCCCAGUUACUGAUGAAGAUGAUGAAGAGGAGGAGGAGGAUGCUGCAAAAAUAGGGAAGAACAACCAAUCAAAUUCUUCAAGAAAGAACAGUUCAAGCAGCCAUAGAUCUGUCAGCAAGCACCGCAGCCGUGUUGUGGUAAUAACAAGAGAGGUACCCUACCAGACAGUGGGAGAUUUUGUUAGGGAAUCUGUAGCUCGCCAUGAGCAGAACCCUGAUCUCUAUGAGCGACAGGUAUGUCUACUGCUUUUACAGUUGUGUUCAGGACUAGAGCAUCUAAAACCUUAUCAUGUAACACACUGCGAUCUGCGUUUGGAAAAUUUACUUUUAGUUCACUCCAGACCUCGGAAUCAGUGGAGUUUUGAGCCAGUUGAACCUAAUUACUCCUCUGCUUGUCCAGCAAGACUAAUUGCCAGUAACUUUACUCAGGCCAAGCAAAAGAGUCAUGUUGUUGAUCCAGAUGUUCUAAAAGAUCAGUCAAGGUUAGCCCCAGAGAUUAUCACAGCCACACAGUACAAAAAAUGUGACGAGUUUCAGACUGGCAUCCUAAUAUACGAAAUGUUGCACUUAACCAAUCCAUUUGAAGUAAAUCCUGAAUUAAAGGAGAAGGAAUACACAACACUUGAUCUUCCACCUAUCCCUCAGCGCUCUCUAUAUUCUCCUGGUCUUCAGCAACUUGCCAGUUUUCUCCUUAAUCCAAACCCUUCUGAACGGAUAUUAAUAUCUGAUGCUAAAGGUAUUCUUCAGUGCUUACUUUGGGGUCCACGGGAAGACUUGUUCCAAACACUCAACAUGAGUAGUAGACAUGAGCAGAGAGGUGUCAUAUUGCAAAACUGGCUUGAACUCAAAAGGACGCUGCUUAUGAUUAAAUUUGCUGAAAAGUCUCUAGACAGAGAGUGUGGUAUUAGUUUAGAAGACUGGUUUUGUUGUCAGUAUUUUGCAUUCUCAACUACAGAAGCCCUCGAUCACAUAGUGAAAAUUAUUCAGCAACAGUGAUUUGUGUAAAGCUGCUUUUACCGAAGGGCUCAAAGUUAACCUGACCACUGGGAAAAUGGAGUUACACUGUUAAAUUUGUACUGCAGCUGUUAAAAGCAAUUAUUUCAUAGUGUGGCAUGUUGUACAUGUAUUUUUUAAUGUUUGGGUAGUUUUGUCUUGAGCAUCAUUGUGGCAUUUGGUUUGUCAGCAACUUUUAAGUGAUGGGAUAACAUUCACUGUAUAUAGCUGAGCUAAAAUGAAUGACUUUUCGUAUGUAAAUGGUGGAUUUUCUCAUUCUCAGUAAAGGUACAUCUAAGAUGCCGUUAAAUUACCACACAAACAGUAGGUAAUAAUUUAAUAUCCAUGUCCCGGAGUGCCUUAUUGCAGUCAUGAUGCACUUGUGUGUAAAAUGCAUAAAAAUUAAUUUUCUGCAGUUUGUAAAUUUCCCUUUCCUGAUAAUCAGCAGCUGCAAGAUGUAUGGUUUAUGAGCUGAAUGAGUAUGCUUUGUGUUACCAAACCUGAAAUUCAGUUUUCCCUAGACAGUUAUAAACAUGGUGUAGUACGUUACCAUUUACAGGCUGCUUUGUAAGUCUGUUACCAUACUGUAAGUGUAGAUAUGCUUUUUAUUAGAAGUGCACAAAAUAUGCAUUGGUCACCAUGGGUGUAUACAGAUUUUUUAAAACUGAACUGUGGAUGAAAGAUAUUAAUUAUGAGCCUUUUAUUUUUCUCACCCACAGCUGUGUUAAGGAUGUAUGUGCAAUUCUUGUAAAUGUUAUAUAAGUGAUAAAUUGCAAUAUUUAAGUUAA